GUCGUCGCUUCUCGCGGGAUUCACGUCGUCACAGCGGAAAACCUGGUCGCCUAAAUAGAUAACAACUCUAUUUCGAGUUUGAAAUAUUCCGAAUCAAAGAAUAUAUCGUCAACGCUGCCGGCUUGAAAAAUAUACAUAUCAAUAUAUAUUAGCGCGUGUGGUUUUUCGAUUUUUUUUGAGUGCAUUAGUUCGACUUUGGGGUCAGAAAAAAGUGCGGAAAGUGCUGGCGGGCAAAAUAAACGCUGCACCUGUCUCACCUGAGCGCUUCAAGCCACAAAAGUGUAAAGUGCAGCGCGACUCUUUGCUUUUCCGCCGCUUUUUUUUUUUGCUUUUUGCCUUUUGUUUUUGCUUGCGAUUUCGAGAUCCCAGAUUCAGCAAGAAUUCUGCGAGCGUGUGCGCGAGUGCUUGCUGUUGUUGUUGCUGCCGCGCUCUAAUUGCUAGUCUUCGUGCGGAGAAUUCUUCAGGCGCUUCUUUUUCUUCUUCUCGGGACGCCCGCACCGCAAAUGAGCUGCCUGUGAGGACAAUCCGCAACAUGAUGGCGUUGACAGCAGCCUCGGCUUUGAUAGCCACAUCCGCAUCGCUGACCAACUCGGCCUCGACGGACUGCAGCAGCAGCAUCCAGGGAUCGACGACCAGCUCGGCGUCCAGCGAUGUGAUGACCCUGACGACCACGGCGGCCUCCUCGUGGUGCGCCAUUCCGGCGAGCUCCCGCCUCCGCGUUCUGCGCCUGGUGAGGCCGCAUCAGAGGCGACUCCUGGUCGGCGGACCGGAGAGGGGCAGCACCUACGGAUUCACGGUGCGCGGCGGACGGGAACAUGGCACCGGAUUCUUUGUGUCCCAUGUGGAGCACGGCGGCGAGGCACAGCUGAAGGGUCUGCGGAUUGGCGACCAGAUCUUGCGGAUCAAUGGCUUUCGCCUGGACGAUGCCGUGCACAAGGAGUUCAUCCAACUGGUGGCCGGCCAGGAUCGGGUGACCCUGAAAGUGCGUGGUGUGGGCAUGCUGCCAGUGAGGGACCUGCCGGAGGAACGCCUAUCGUGGAGCGUGGUUAAGUUGCCCAGCGUGAGCGGCACUCCCUCGGAGAGUUCCUUCAAGGGCGAAAGACGCGGUGCCAGCCGGGACAUCAGUGUGGUGCUCCAUGUGGCGCCCAGGACGAAGCUAGGACUGGGGAUUUGCAAGGGUCCCGAGUGGAAGCCGGGCAUCUUUGUGCAGUUCACUAAGGAGCGCAGUGUGGCCCGGGAGGCGGGCUUACGGCCGGGCGACCAGAUCCUCAGCGUCAACAGCAUCGACUUCUCGGACGUCCUCUUCAGCGAGGCGGUGGCCGUGAUGAAGAGCAGCAGCAAACUGGACAUGGUGGUGCGCACGGCGGCCGGCUGCGACCUCUUUCCGGGUGAAUCCAGUGGCUACAAUAGCUCUGCCAGCUCGGUGACGGGGGAUCAGAGUCCUUGUUGGGCGGACGCCAAGUCCAAGCGAUUGACGGCGGUCAGGGAGGAGUCCGGUGCCGGCGCAGGUGGAGCAGGAGGUGGCUUGAGCUCGGCACCCGGCGCAGGUGGUCCAAAUUGGGCGCAGGGCGUCGAGGUGCACAAGCAGAUGAACAAGACCAUCAUAAAGCUGACGGAGAAUGGGACUUCCAUAAACAACACAUAUAUAGCCAGUUCCGGUGGCAGUUCCGUUUCGGGUUCCGUUUCCGGUUCCGGUUCCGGCUCUUCGGCCAGCGGAACUUCCGGCCGCAGUCAGCAGUCCCAAUCGCAUCCAACCCGCAAUUCAACCACCAUGAAGCGCAGCCAGCUGAGGCCGGUUAGUUCCUCCGUAUCCGGCAUCGGCUUAGCAGGCGGAUCUGCUGGAUCCGCUGGAUCAGGAUCAGGAUCAGGUGGAGUCAGCGCAGCUCCUGCUCCACCGCCGCCGGCCAUGCAUGAAGGAGCCAGUGCCAGUGGCUCCGUGGGCAGCAGUCUCUCCAGUGCCAUAACCGAGGAGCUCAAGAAGCGCAAAGAGAAGCAGCAGCAGCAGCAGCAGCGCAGCAAUCGAGAUCGCGAUCGGGAUGUGAGUGGAAAUGGAAACGUGGAUCGUCAGCCGACGAGCCACAAUGGAAAUGGAGUUGCAAAUGGAGGGCACCGCGGCUCCAGCGGCCAAGUGUCCCAUCGCCAGCGGGCGAAUGUUGCUGGCGUGGCUGCAACACUGCAGGGCAGCGAACGCACUAGCAAUUUGGCAGGCGCUGGAGGAGCAGGUGGGUCAGGUGGUUCCAGUGGAGCUGGCGGAGAUCAGCACACGGCGCUGAUGGACGAAUUCAAGCGGGCGCACCAGCGAAUGUUCAGGAACGGGUUCCACGAGAGCGAGCACAAGUUGUCCAGUCUUGGCAAGAGUGCGCUGGUGGAAAGAUCACAUUACGGCCGGAAAAUGAGUUUGCUGCGCGUGAAAAGCGGUGGAGCGGGUGGCGGGGAGGGGUCAGGUGGCAUGCCCACCAUGCGACCAGUCAGCAUGGGUCGUCCUCUGGUGACCAUGUCCACCUACCAGGAGCGCGGUGAAACGCUGAAACGCACCUCGAUUAUGCCGGAUGAGAGCUGUUAUCGGAAUAGUAUCAGCAGCAAUGGCUUCAGCAGCAGCAGGAGCAGCAGCAACUCCAACACGGGCAACUUCAGCAACAGCAGUCGCCUGCAGCCCCAGAACGGAGUCAGUCCGGCGAAUGGCAGUGGGUCGCCGGAACUGCCGCCACCGCCACCACAGUUCGCCAAUCCCCAGCCAAAGCAGGUGCCGCCCCAGCAGCUCAAGCUGAUGACCGGAAACGGAGUGGCGAACGGAAGCGGAAGUGGCGGUGGAAGCGGAAAUGGAAAUGGAACUGGGCUGGGCAACGGCAGUGUGGCCAAGGUCAAGCAGCCCAUGUCGCCCAUGCGCAGUGCCAGCAUCAGUGUGGGCGGAUUCCGACCACCAGCCACGCCCCAGCCCGACUACGAUGCCGUGCAGCUGAGAUCUCCGCCAGGAAGCGCAGCGGCUGCUGGACGGGAUGUGGCCGCGAGCCAGCAGCAGAGGCGAACCCUGCGACUGGGCACAGUGACCAUAGGGGAGUAUGGGGAUCAGCGGACGACGGGGAAGCGGGACACGCAAACCGGAAGUGCACUGCGCAAAACGAACGGAGAGCCCGCUUCCAAUGGCAUCCUGAAGAACGGCAGCAAUCGGAGCAGCGCCAGCUUCAACCACGGCUCUUCCCAUCAGGCGGAAAAGUCCAUCAAGUUCGGCAACUGAUCAAGAAUUCUCGAUACUACUUUUGUGCAAUAUGCUCGAUGAUUUUGGGAGGAAAUCAACAAGGAGAGUACAAAAAAUCGGACGUGCAGCGGUUUUCCAUAUGCAUAUGCAUAUGCAUAUCUACCAUAUCCAUUACUUUAUACCACUUUUUUUUUGCCUACAUCUAAUUUGUAUUAUACUUUAUUACGAUUUGUUGGAAAUAUUGUGUCACUAGUUGCUAUUAUUUAACGAAUACUGUAAAUAACCGACGGGCAAGAGUGUGUGUGUUUCCAAUAAAGCAUAUACAUACAAUGUA